UCCACUCAGUCUGCUGCCUGGAAUGAGCCUGCAACUAGUGUCUUUGCAGCUAAGGGUGUGUGUUUACUGUGUUUGCUUUGGCCGUGCCCAUCGUCUCAGCACAUAACACACUCAGGAUGGCAGGGGACUGUGUUUCUGAGGGUCGAGACCUGGGAGAGAUGGGUGAGGAGGAACUUUGGGAAUUGAUUAAUGACAACCGCCACCGGAUCUCCUUGGGGGUGCGGCCAUGCAUCUUGAUCCCGUACCUGAGGCAGGCCAGGGUGCUCAGUGAGAUGGAUGAGGAUGAGAUUGUGUCCUGCCACAAUCUCACCAACCGCAGCAUGAGAACAAGCUAUAUGCUGGACCUGCUGAGGACCCAGGGGAGGAAUGGAGCUGUGGCCUUACUAGAGAGCCUGAUGAUUCACUACCCCACCCUGUACACCCAAGUGACCGGACGCAAACCCAGCACUGAACCUUCAAGAUUCAGUGGCCUGAUAAAGUACUCAGAGCUGACAGAGUAUCUGGUCAGAGCAGUAACAGGGAUGCAGAAGGAGCUCCAGGAGGCGCGUUGCGAGGCCAGCAGGAAGAGUGCACGCUGUGCCUCCCUGGAGAUGGAGAUUAGGCAGAUAAUGGAGCUAGAGGAGAAGUCCAGGUGCCUUCAGUCAGAGAAUGAACGCAUGCGGAUACAGCUGUGUUCUUUGCAACAUGACGUCACCAAGCUAAAGGAUGAGAAGUGUGACUUGUAUAUGCGCUACACAGCAGCCAUCGAGGAGAAAUCAGCCGUGAACAUGCGCCUCCAUGACCUCAACCUGCAGAUGUAUCAGCUGCAGACUGAGCUGCAGAAGGCACAAACGGAGAAUGAGUUCCAGAAGCGGCGCUCGCUGAGAUGUGUUUCUGAGAAUCCACAACUGCAAGAAGAAGUCAGGAGUCUGCGCUGCCAGCUGGUGAAGGCAGAAAAACUUGACCCAGCUCGUCAGGACAUCCUGGCCCAGGACCUGGCUGAGGCCAUAGACAGCCAGGUGGAGCUGGCAGAGCAGCUCAGGUGUUACAGAGAGGAGAACGAACAGCUGCUCGCAGAAAAGAAAGGGCUCUUGGAUCAGAAGGAGAGCCUGAGCCUCCAGGUGCAACAGCUGACCCUGGACUGUAACAUGCACCAGCAGAAGAACACAGUGAUCCAGAACCAGAUGAAAGAGUUGCAGGCAGAGAGAGACCAAGCAUACCUGUCAAGAGACGAGGCUCAGGCCAUGAUUGCCCGCAUCCUGGCUGAGAAGGACACCCUGAGGUGUCAGCUAGUGGAGCUCCAAGAGCUGGUCUUCAGCCUGCAGACCAAACGCAGCUCCAGAGAACAGCAAAGUUGUGAUGAGAUGAGCGAGGACUGCGAGAGCCCGGGAUCAGGAUAUGAAGAGUCUUCACUAGCCUCAUCCAGAAUCCCCACCAGACGUAGACUUCGCCGCAUGGAUGCAGUCAAUCCCAUGUCACAGAUUUCUUGUAAUGCAGAGUGUGAAGAUGGUGCAGCAAGUAGUGUCCGAUCCCGAAAUGCAGAGCCCCCCAGUCCAGAGUCUCUCCGCAGAAGGGUGGAUACUCUGUAUGCAGCCAGCAGUUUGGAAACAGCGGAGACUGAAUCUAUAUUUGAUGACUUUGUGUUUAUCGCCAAUGUGGGGAGUGAAGACAAGCAGACACCCAUGCUCUCCUCUUCUGACGGCUCCAGCAGUGAUGGCCAGUCAAGAACCUCAGUCCCUCCCUUCCUGAUGCGUUCUCGCCCAAAAGCAAUUCGUGUCAACGGUCGUGUCCUCAGCAUCUCCCUGCAGGGGGAUGCGUUGCUCAGCCAGCUGGCAGUGGUGGGAGGCAAUAAGACCGGAGUGUUUGUGCACCAGGUGACAGAAGGUUCUGUUGCCCAUACUGUUGGCAUCAGUCCUGGGUCACAGAUAGUGGAGGUGAAGUAUGAGCAGAACCAGAAGGCUCUGAGGAUGGUGCUCGAAGAUUCCACUUUAGAGGAAGCUAUGUGGGCUCUUGGCCAGGUUAAAGGCCUCUGUCACCUCUCCCUUCGGCCCAGACAAGAUGACUAUGAGGCACUGCUGCAGCAGCUGCAGAGCAGUGAGAAAUCAUCCGGAGAUUCCUUCUACGUACGUGUCAACAUGUCUCUCCCAGUUGGCCCCAACGGAACUUUAGCUGUGUCCUGCAACGACAUCCUUCAUGUAACCAACACACGACCUGCUGGCACUGAGGAUUCAUGGCACGCCAGCCAAGUUCACCCCUGUCAGCUGCUGAACCUCCAGAGUGGAAACGUACCCAACUAUUACAGGGCACAGCGACUUCUGAUUCGAGCUAUUGAAGACAUGAACUUCCAGACAAAGAAACCUGUGAAGUUUGGGCGUGUGGUAGACCAGAAUAAGCAGAAGGCAGUCAGGAUUGUUGGCACCAGGUGCCAGGGCAGGAACCCACUGUGGGUCAGCGUGGAAGAUGACUUAACCAAGAGCUCAGAAUCAGGUGAUGCAUCUGCACCCAAAAGUUGUCUCACCCUGAUGCCCUACAGCCUUGUCACCCCACACUUCCCACCCAUCUGCAGGCCUGUCCUGCUGCUGCCCACCAUCCUGGGAAACAUCUUGAACAAGAAGAUGGCAGACUGGCAGGGCUUCCAGCUCUGUGAGCCUGAGGUGCUGAGUGCCAGCGAGCACGCAGCCCAGCUGCAGAGGUCUGAGAUCCUGGAGGAGUGCGAGCAGGGAAGAAAUUGCUGCUACACCCUGCAGAGUGUGGAGAAAAUCAUGAAAAAGGGGAUUCACUGCGUGCUGCCGUUGGGGCUGGACUGCGUGCGUCGUCUGCACCGGGCCGAGAUCUUCCCCAUCAUAAUCUUCAUUGGCCAGUCUGCACGAAGUGCACGGAAACUGAGGUCAAAGCUGCAGCGUCACAGCCAAUCAGAGGAGCAGCUGUUGGCAUGUUCCAGAAGUGAGGAGCCUCUGCUGGACAAGCUGCCGUGUCUGUAUCACAGCGUGGCUCCAGACUCCUGGUGUGACCAGGCCUCCCUGCUGACCACCCUACGCACCAUCAUCUGGGAGGAGCAGAAGAAGAUCGUCUGGGUAGAGCCUGACCUGUGGUGAAGCAGAGGAUAGAGAGCAGGCAAGAAUCAGAGAAAACACGUCAAAUAUUAAAAUAAUAGGAAUGAUGAAUUCUCAAACAGCCUUUGGUUAACAUCAUGUUGAGAAUAUAUUGAGCUUUACAAUAGAUAUUUUUGUAAACACGAGUAUGUAUCUAUGAUACUUAGGAGUAACUGGGUGAAGUUCUAUAUUCUGCGUAUGAAGCUGAAGCAUUAUUGCUGUACCCAGAAACAUUUUUUGCUCUGUGUUGCCUCCCUUUUUGAGGCAUUUGUUUAAAGCAAACACUGGUGUCAGGUGUCUACUAAAAAUAUUUACCACGAAAACAUACUGUAUGACUUGUAUGUGCUCCAUCUCUAUAAUAUGUUGUAGAUAAUGUACCACUGUGAGGGAUUACCUUUGACUGCUCUGGAUCUGUCAUCUCUUGUGUUUAUUUAGAACACUAUAGUCUUUUGUCAUUUUAAUUCUUAUUUGAAUUAGUAUGAGCUGGGACUCAUAUUAGGUGGAAGUGAAGAUAAUUUGUAACACAUUGGACAGUAAACAUCAGUCACUAUAUCUAUUCACAAUAGUUUGCACCAUGUCAGAGUGGAACUCAUGUGCAGGUGGAUUAUAGCCAGUUAAGAUUCUACAUCACGAGAGAUCUGUACACAGUAUGUCAGGUUCAUGACAGGGAUGUUACUGCAGUUCUUCUUCACAGGAGCUCCCCUCCUGUGUAUGCAUUAAUAAAAAUGUAGCUAUAUUUAAAAGCUAUUUUUAUUUAAGUCUGAAUUGAAAUAAA